UUUCAAAAUUCCCAAAAAGAGGCAGUGUGGAGAAAACACUCAGCACAGGACGAGCUGAGCCUGCAACUCUCACCGACUGGAUCAUUCUCACCUAGAGGACGGACUGUAUCGACUCGCCUGAAAGCUGCUGCCCCUCUGAAUCUCUGACUCCCCCCGGUUCCGUUAUCUUAAUCCAAACGGCUCGGAGCAGCAACUUUCAGGACUGAGCGAUUCUGCCGAGACUUCAACAACCGAGAGGAGGAGAGAGGAGGAGAGGAGAGCGGCGGGUAAAGCUCACACGGAGAGCGGGGCAGGCUGAUGGAUGGAGAGGGUGACCAGUAUGAGGAGCGCUUAAGGGAAGUGUUCCAGAGCUUUGAUGGUAGUGGUGCUGGUUCUCUAAACCCAGAGGAGCUCGCAGAACUCUGCCACGCCCUACAGCUGAACGACACUGCUCUACACACGCUUCUGCACACGCUUAUCGACUCUCAGGACGAACUCAACGCACGGGUUGAGUUUGAGCAAUUUAGGAACGCUUUGAUUCAGGUGCUGUCGUCCACAGAGGAGACGCUAGCUAAUGAGGAGAACCCCACCCUCCCAGACUCCCCAGAGGUACAGCCACGCUUCAUAAAGGGCGGUAAGCGCUAUGGCCGCCGAUCUACACCAGAGUUCACACAUGCCAUCUCAGAACUCUCACACACGCCACCUGAGGAGGACGAACAGGAGGAAGAAGCUCUAGGGAGCACUGAUGGGACAUUACCAAGCAAGCGUGAGCGCUGGAACGCUGACAUAAGCAGUCCAGAGGAGUAUGAGGCAGAGGGUCAGUUACACCUGUGGAAUCCUGAUGAACCUGGUACGCCACGUGGCAGCAUGGUGCCCCUUAGUGGCCUGGAGGAGAGACUGCAGAGUGCCUGCCAGCAGCUCGCACUGCCACUGAAUGGCAUGGCCACUCUACACCAACUACACACACUCUGCCAGCACCUCGGCAUGGAGGUGGGGGAAGAUGCAUUCCAGUCUGUGGGUGAGGAGUGUAUGAUGAGUGUGCAGGAGUUUGUGUCUUACAUUCUCAACAAACACAAACCCCCUACUCCCUCUGCCUCAACACCAUAUAGACAGCUAAAGAGACACCACUCCAUGCAGCCGUUUGAUGAGACGGGCCGCAGGAUCUCAUCUGUGUUGAGCAGUACAAUAGGGUUGCGGCUGUUCUCUGAGUUAGAUGAUGGAACUGGGCACACAGCUGUGGAGCAGCUGCUGGACACCUGGCUGGAAGAGGGAGUGGAAAACAGCUCGGAGAUACUGCAGGCUCUGGAAUUUAGUCUGGAUGGCAAGGUGAAUCUGACUGAGCUGACUGCAGCUUUAGAGAAUGAGCUGUUGGUCACUAAGAACUCCAUCCACCAGGCGGCUCUGGUGAGCUUUAAGGCUGAGAUCAGACACCUGCUUGAGCGUGUGGAUCUGGAGCUCAGGGAGAAGGAGAAGAUACGCUCUGAUCUAGAAAAAGCUGAGAAGCUCAAAUCUCAGCUGGCCUCUGAGGUGGAUGAACAUCACUCUGCCAUCGAACGCAUCAAUGAUCUCAACCUGCGUAAAUUGGAGCAGGAACAUAAGGACCGUAUGGUCGCUCUAAGGGCGGAGAUGAGCAAAGAGGUGGAGCUUGUGCGGCAACAGGCCAAUCAGCAGAGAGAAGAACUGGAACAGGAAGUCAGGAGGAUCAGAGAAGAUGAGACCUUCCUCAGAGAACACCUUACUCUCACCAUUAAAGAGAACGGCCGCUUGGAGGCAGAGCUGCUGGACAGCACAGAGCGGCUGAUAGAAGCAGAGGCGCAGCUGAGUAAACUGCAAAGAAACCUGGAUAGUGUGCUUAAGGAGAAGUUUGGUGAUCUGGAUCUGAGCAAUGCAGAGUUCUACCAGCAGGAGGAGCGUCUUAGGCAGCUUCGCAGCAACUAUGAGGAGCAGUGUCGGGAACUGCAGGAUCGAAUAGAUGAGCUGCAGGCUCAGUUGGAGGAGUUUCGUGCUUUAGGCCGAGCUCCACAGACCUCCCUCAUGCCCUCUCUGUCUGAUGAGCUGGACAGCAAAAGCCCUGGCAUGGACUCAGACCAAGGUCUAGGUUCUGAAGAAGGGCAGCCUUUUAACAUGAGUCUGGAGGCAGAGAUGAUGCUGGAGCAGCUGAAAGAACAGCAUGUCAGAGAGAUGGAGAACAUCAGGGCACAGCUAGACUGCAAGGUGAAUGAGUGCCAGCACAAACUGGAGGAACAGAAGACUUCCCAUGAGGAGGAGAGAAGUCUGCUCUCCUUACAACACCAGCAGAAUUUGCAAGCCCUGAAGAAAGAGGCAGCUGAAGCACUGGAGAGAGCCCAGGGCCUGCAGGAGCAGUUGGAGCAGGAAAGACGCAGCAUGCAAGUUCGCCAGGGUGUUGAACUAGAUGAACUACGUGCCCUCCACCAACAAGAGCUGAGCUCCCUCAGCCAGGAGGCGCAGGACGCCAGGAGCCAGGCAUUAAAACUUGAGGAGCAGCUCAAGGAGCUUGAGGAGAGCAUAAUGAAGGAGAGAGAGGAGCUCCAUAAGGCGCAUGUAGAAGAGCUUAGCCUUAUAGAACUGCAGCAUAAGGAGACUCUAGAGGCCACUGUGAAGGAGGAGAGAGAAACAUUGCAGGUUGAAAGGGUAGAGGCUGAGAAAAGGCUUGCAGAGGAGUGGGAGAGGGAGAAACUGCAUCUCAAGCAGAUCCAUAAGGAGGUGCUGAGGGUUCGGCUAGAGGAGGCACAGCAGAGAUCUGAGCAGGAGCGUAUGGAGUUAGAGAGGAGGCUUCAGGAAGAGUGGGAAAGAGAGAAGCAGCAGCAAGAGGAGAGCAAUAAAGCAGCACUGCAGGCAGUACUGGAGGAGGAACUGGUGCGUCUGUUGAAAGAACAAGAAGACAGAGAAAGAAAGCUCACGGAGCAGUGGGAGGCGGAACGUAUGCUUCUGGAGGAGCAGCACCAUGCUCAGCUGCAGCAACGAAUCCAGCAAGAGAAGGAGCGAACGCAGGCCCAGGAGGAGGAAGCGAUGUGUAGGAGGAUGAAGGAGUGGGAGAGAGAGAAAGCUCAGCUACAGAAGCAGCAUGAUGAGGUGCUGCAGGCCAGACUGGAAGAACAGAGAGAGCGACUGCAGGCUGAGCGAGAGGAGCUGGAAAGGAGGUGGCAGGAAGUGCUGGAGGAGGAGCAGAGCAGAAUGGUGGAGGCGCAUAGGGAAGCCAUGCAGGAGCUGAGUGUGAAACACAGUGAGGAGAGAGAGAGACUCGGCUGCAUGCUGGAGAAACUUCGCACAGACAUUGGAGAGGAGAGGAAGGAGUUAGAGAUCCACUUCUCCCAGCGAAUCAAAGAAGUGGAAGCCCGUUUCUCUGGCGACCAGGAAGCGGUGUCUGAGCGGUUUCAGACAGACGUACGUAAGCUGGAGCAGCACUACCAGAGUGAGCUAGCAGCGCUGACCCAGCGCCACACUGCAGACCAUGUGCGAUGGGAGGAGGAGAUGGAAGCCGCAGUCCAGGAAGCAGAGCAGCAAAGGAGACUCCUGCGAGAAGCGCUACAGCUGGAGAGGGAGAACAUGGUUCAGGAGUUCACACUGGAGCGAGAGAGGCUUGAACGCAACCACGCGGUGGACAUGGAGGCUCUGAGGGAGAAGAACCUACAGCUGCAGAAUGAACUGGAGAACUUUAUUAGCUCUGCCCAGACCAAGGAGAUUGAGCUCAGUCGUCAGCUCAAUGAGCUGCAUAACCGGCUGCAGGAGAAUCUGGAGGCGAAAGACGCGUUGUUGGCACAUUCUGAAUCCAGGGCCGAAGAACUUGAGCAACUGCUUAGACAGGCUUCUGAUGACUUUCUCCAAGAGAGGGCGGAGCUACAGAGUAGUCUUUUGGAAUUGGAGGGCCGGCAUGCUCAAACGCUCUCAUUGGCUGAAAAACAGCUCCAGGAACAAAGUGAUUUGCUGGCAGAGCGAGCAGAACUCAGGGGAAAGAUGGAGGAGAUGGAGAAAGUUCUCCGCCAGGCAGUGGAAGACUUUCACUAUGAACGUCUGGAGCUGCAGGGCAUCGUAGCUGCGCUGGAAGAGAAGCUACAGGACAGUGUCUCCAUGGUGAUGAAGAAAGAGGAGCAGAGAACAGCAUUGCUGGCUGAGAGAGACAGGCUAGCACUUAGAGUUCAGCAGAUGGAGUCAGAGCUUGGAGAAGCCACCAGAGGGAUGAUUGUGAGUAAGCAAGUAGUUGAGGAGCUCUCUCUGUCUGAUCUUCCUAGAGAGGUAGAGAUGGAGUUUUUAGCUUCAUCUUCAGAAAAUUGUGGUGUUGUCAAAGAAGUGUGGGAGGAUGAGACAGCAGAUCAUCACUCUGAGGACUUUAGUGUUCUAGGAGAGGAUUCACCAUCAGCACAAGAUGAGGAACUUGAAGGAGAGUUGUCCAUGCAAAAAGAGAACACAGGAGACUUUGAAGAUACUCAGACUGCCAAUGAUCACAUGCUGACAUUCUGUAGUGCUGUGGUUCUGAGCUGUUCUGAGGGUGAUUUUACAAAUAGCACUGAGAAAGUUGAGGAGGGCUGCUUUAGUGAUGCCAGUGCAGUACAAGUAGAGCUAGAUGAGCUCAACAACUUUGAGCCUGGCAAUCCUAAUACCACAGAUCAGGCUGAAGUGGUUUUUGCUGUUGACAGUUUGGUUGUGUCUAGCACUGAUGAAGUGGAUGCAAAUAUCCAAACUGCAGUAGUUUCCAGUGAGAUGGUAGAUGAAGAAUUUUCCAAAAGUGUAGCUGAGAACAAAGAAGGUUUUGAGGUUGGAGAACCAGCCACCGAGACAGGAGAUGCAGAACUCUUUGUAUCUCAUGAAGAUCAUAAGUUAGAAGUUUACAACGGUCUUGGUGGUAGACUGGAAGAAGACAGCAAUGCAGAUGUUGACUAUAGAACUGAAGAGCCAGACAACAAUGUAGUGGAUAACACAGAGUUUGAUGUUGGCACAGUCAGUGUUACUGAACUCAACAGCAGAACAGAGUUUAAAAAUAGUGUUGAGAUGGCUAAUGUAGAGGUUUCAAGUGAGCUUCAUCCUGAGGGAGAGUUGGAAGUGACUAGGAUGGAUUGCAUAACUGAAGAGACAGCUGAGGAUGAUCUUUGUGCAGCCGGAGCUAUGAAAGAUUGUGCUAAUGUUACCACUGAGACAGCAAGCCUAGAUAAAGAGGUAGUUAAUUGUGCAAGUCCUGCAUUUAUGGCCUCUGCUGUUGUAAGUGAGGAAGUAUUUAGUAAUGUGCAGGAGAUGGGUCACACAGAGGCUGAUCAGUUGGUAGUUGCAGAUGAAAUAGUUGCCCAGUGUACUGAUAUCACUGGUAUACUAGAUCUUGAAGAGAAUGUGGAUGAUUCAGGAAUUACCACUGUGGAGGAGGAUCAUGGAAAAGAAAAUGAAGCCCAUGAGGGUGCAGAGGUUAUUAGUGACAUAGCAAUGGCUGAUGAUACAGAGGAGCCACAAGAUGUUGAGGUUGCUGAUCAAUUUGAGGUCAGCAGUACAGAAACUGAAACCUCCUACCACAAGGAUCACAGACAGGAUCUUGAACCUAUGGAUCAGGUAGAUAUUAAAGAUGACAAUGAUGACAGCAGUGGCACCAAAGCCCAGGACUCGACUGUAGCUCUUGAGAGUGGACCCAGACUUAAAAAGGAAGAGGAAGAAAAAACUCUACAUGACAAAGACAUGUGUGCUAGAGAGAUACUGGAGCUGCAGGAGAUAGCAGUGCAGUUCAAAGACCAGAGCAGCUUGCUGGAGGUUCUACAGGACCAGUACAGCAAUGCUGUGGAGCAAAACCUUUCAUUGCAAGAGCAGCUAGCCCAGCUGCAGCAGCACACCAAUGAACUGGACUUGCUUUUGGACCUGAACAGGGGGAAGCUAGAAGAGAGCCAUGAGCUCAGGGUGGAGCUAAUCACUAUGGCAGCCCAGGCCAAAGAACUGGAAAUCAAAGAGCUGGAGCUUGCUGAACUUCAAAGGAGCUACGAGGAGUGUGUUUGUGAGAACAUGCAUUUAGCAGACCGCAACAGGAAGCUGGAGAAGAGGGUGCAGACCCUGGAGAGCAAGAUGCACGUUGUCCAGGAGUUCCACGAGCAACAGACGUGCUUGCUGGAAGAGAUUGCAAGGAUGCGUGAGGAGAAUGCAAAGCUGAGUACGGCAGUGCAGGAAUUGGAAAAGCAGGAUGAGACGAUCCUGGCACUGCAGCAGGAUGCCGAAUCUUCGGACUCAUCAGAUGACUCCUUCUUGGACUUCAACGCCCGACUGGAGGCGAAGAUCACUGCAAUGUCGGAGCUGGAAGACUGCUGCUCAGAGUUUGAGAAACAAAACUCACGCCUACGCUUGGCGCUUACUCAACUGCAGGAGAAGUCCUUUAGGAUCCACGAGAGGAUGCAGGACCAUAGGAGUGAAGCCGGGCGACUGGCUGAGGAAAAUCUUAUAUUGAGGCAAAAGAUCUCUGCGCUGAAGGAAGAGGACCUAAGGGAAAACCAGCGUGAGCUGUUACUUCAGGUAGAACACUUCCGGAAGGAGAGGAAUGCUGCUCAGAAGGUGGCAGAUGGUCUGAAGAGGCAGAUUUCAGAGCUGCGUCGUCGUGGGCAGCAGCUGGAGGAGGAGAACAAUGCUUUGUCACAGCAGAACGUGAAACAUGCACUCAGUGUUGACACCCUUCAGCACACGCUUGAGGAGGUGAUUCGCCAACAUGGCAGUGGUUCAUCCAAUGAGAGGAAAGAGCUGGAGAAUGGUGAGGAUUUUGCAGUACCUGUUAACAGAACAGAGAAGUUGGAUGAGGAGAAGGAGCUACUGAGAGCAGAACUUAACCGCUGUGUGGAAAAGAUGACUCGGCUUCGUUCAGUAGAAACCCAGCUUGCUCAACUCUUGAAUGAGAGACAGACAGCAGACAAACACAACCAGGCUCUACGUGCACAGCUAAUAAAGGCACAGGAGAAGGUACAGGCACUAGACUCUACACUGCAGGGGCUGACUCAGCAAAAUGCUCGGCUCAAAUCUGACCUGCGUAUCACACAGCAGGAGCGAGAUGCUCUGAAACAGGAAGUGAUCUCACUGCACAAACAGCUGCAGAAUGCCAAUGAGAAGUGUCGGCUGGUGGAGAUGUCUAUAUCGAGUGUCCCAGGUGGUUCACAGCAGGGGAAGCGUGUGUGGACGGAGCUUUCUGGACUGAUGGAGGCAGAGCUGACUUUGCUGCGUGAAGAAAAUCAGAGGCUUCAGCGUGAGAUCAACGAUGCACGACUAGAGAUGAACUCUGCACGGGAGAAGGGCCGCCAGUUAGAGGCACUUGUGUUGAGCGUGAAACAGCAGAAGCAGCAGAACCAUGCGAGUCUGGCUAAGGCAGCAGAGCAAGAGAGAUCAGCCCUUAAGCGUGAGAUAGAGGCUCUGCACACACAGCUACGCAACAAGAUAUGUGACAGCAACGAGGAGCAAAGAGAAAUGGAGAGUCUUCAGGAGGAGAAUGAAAGGCUCAGAAACAAACAGACAAUACUGGAGGCCCAGCUGAUGGAGGCUCAACUUAUUGCAAUGUUGCCACCAUCACCACUGCGAUUGUCAGGAGAACGGAGGGGACAGCGCCACGGUGAUGAGAUGAACCCAGACGUCAGUGUGCAGGAGGAGCGAGAAGCGGCCUUGCUGCAGAUGGAGGAGAGGAUGAAGGAGGUGGAGCUCACCCUUCGAAAUGUCAAACUGUUGCUGCAAGAGAAGGUUGCCCAGCUGAAGGAACAGUUGCAUAAGAACAGUAAGGCGGACGUGCUGAUAAAGGAUCUGUAUGUGGAGAAUGCUCAGCUGUUGAAGGCUCUGGAAAUGAGCGAGCAGAGGCAAAAGGUGGCAGAAAAGAAGAACUACCUCCUGGAGGAAAAAAUCUCCAGCCUCAACAAGAUCGUUCGUGAGCUCAAUCCCUCUCCGCUGACACCCGUGCCCUACCACUUCACCCGCUCAUGAUAAUCCAGUCUGCAUUUCAUCUGUUCGUUAUUUACUUAUUUUUAUUUUUAUUUAUUUUAUUUAAGGGGCCAUUAAGAAGUUACACUUGAGUCCACCAUUUUUGCUGAAGAAUAGGGCUGAGCAUUCCAGAAAUUUGAGUCAACUCCAAGAUUCAAAGUGACAGGAACUGAUGGAAUCGAUUCCACACAAUAAUCUUGAUUUCAAAAACCAGUACAACAUUAUUUAUAUUUGCAAGGAAAUUAGAAGAGCUAAAUUAACUUGGCUUAUUAACAGGAGCUGGCUAAACAGUACCUGAUUCUCCUUUGUCAACAUCCAAGUUGGUAGACGUUUUGGCACUGGCAGUGUUGCUUGAUUGUAAUCCAAAUUUUCAACACUAAUAUUACAUAAUACUUUGUUUUCCACAGUAAAAUACAGUUGGGCUAUUGAUGUUUGUGCUAUGGAAGAAAGUUGUUUUUCCAGACAGACUGUCUAGUGAGUAACAGCAUGCUGAUGCAGACUUGAACAUCAUUAUGUAGAAUCGAGUCCAAAACUUGUUGUUGACUCACUUCCUAAAUGCCUGGAAUUGAGGAAUCCAUUCUUUUUGGGAUCGACUCCCAGCCCUUCUGAACAAUAAAAACAAAUCAGUUAAGGAGGGUAAAUGGACAUUUAAAACAUCAUCAGAAGGGGACAACUUACACAUUAAAUCCAGUUCCUCUUUAUGUACUCCAUUUCUGUGAAAGUGCCAGAAAGACACCAGAACUUGCUAGAGAUGCA